AGGAAGUCCCGCCCCGGAAGUCGCCCCUUGCGGGGCCAUGGCGGCGCCCGGGGCACGCAUACCCGCGCGGCUGCUUCUGGCGCUGCAGUCCCGACCCGCGCGCCGGGCCCUGCACGAUGCAGCCCCGCCACGGGACGUGCUGCUCUUCGAGCACGAACGAGGCCGCUUUUUCGCCGUCCUCGGGCUGUUCUGUGCCGGCCAGGGCGUCUUCUGGGCCUCCCUGGCCAUUGCCGCCUUAACCCGCCCCCCGGCCCCGGCUCGGCCUCCGGACACCGAGUCCCCAGACCGUGGCCGCCUGGACCUACGCUCCGCGCUCUGGCGCUAUGGCCUCGCUCUUGGCUGCGGCACUAUCGGUACCCUGGUACUUAGUGCUGGUCUUCUCUCCCUUCGCUCUGUGCGCUCAGUGAUGCUACGGGCUGGAGGGAAGCAAGUGACCCUCACCACUCAUGCCCCCUUUGGCUUGGGUGCCCAUUUCACUGUUCCCUUGAACCAAGUAUCCUGCAUGGCCCAUCGGGGUGAAGUCCCUGCUAUGUUGCCUCUGAAGGUCAAAGGCCGACGCUUCUACUUCCUCUUGGACAAAGCUGGACACUUCCCCAACACAAAACUCUUUGAUAUUACUGUGGGUGCCUACCGUAGCUUGUGAAGAAACCACCUCAGCUCAUUCAGGCCUCCCAGAGGGGAAUAAAAUCUGAAACUUAGGGGCGGGGCAGCAGUUGGUCACACAGGGGGCCCAGAAUUCAUUGACAGCAAAUAAAAGAGCACUCUUCCCGAGGGCAGCUACCUGCCA